GUCUUAAAGCGCGAUAAUAUGAAGGGAGUGUGUUGUUUAGCCGAUACGCUAUCGCAGUCUUUCUCUUAUUGGUUUGACAAAAUAAAAUAUCGUUCGUUAUAUUUGUAAUCGCUUGUCUGUUCUUAUAUAAACACCGCUAGGUUAAAAAUAAUAAAACGAGACUUUGAUUUUGACAGUUUAUGACAUGCUGACCGGGAAGUAAAUGUUGCACAGUUCAAAUGUGUGCAGAUAGUUUUAGUAAGGUAAAAUAACAAUCAAACGUUAUUUUAUUAAGCAUACACAUCUUAAAUGGAGAUUCACAAGAGGUGAUGGAGUGGGAACAGCUCGAUCUGAAUCCAAGGAUUAUUACUGCUGUUAAAAAAGCCAAUUUUAGAUCAGCCAAGGAGAUCCUCUGUGUCUCUGGUCCAGAUUUACAGAGACUGACUCGUUUGUCAAAGACUGAUGUUCAGCGCCUGCAUUAUGCUGUAGCGGCUACUGUCCGCAAGUCCAAGCCGGUUACAGCUUUACAGCUUUUCCAGGGAGAAUGUCCUGUUUUGGAAGCUGGACACAGGCUCUCUUUUGCCUGCCCCAUUCUGGACGGUCUGAUGCGUGGUGGUCUCCCGUUACGAGGAAUAACAGAGCUGGCAGGCGAGAGUGCUGCUGGAAAAACUCAGUUUUGUUUGCAGCUUUGCCUGUCUGUCCAGUAUCCUCAAGAAAACGGAGGACUGAAUUCAGGAGCUGUUUAUAUUUGCACUGAGGAUUCCUUCCCCAUCAAACGACUAAGGCAACUUAUUACCCAGCAGCCCCGGCUCAGACCAGAUCUGCCACCAGCUCUGAUCCGCAGUCGGCGUUUUAGCGACAACAUCUACAUCGAGCAUGCAGCUGAUCUGGAGGCUCUGCAGGCGUGUGUGUCUCAGCGUGUGCCCGUGCUGUUGAAGCGAGGGCUGGUCAGACUGCUGGUGGUGGAUUCUGUGGCGGCUCUGUUUCGCAGUGAGUUCCAGGCUGAUGAGGCUAUAGAGAGGUCACGCCACCUGCUGGCCUUUUCCAACAGACUUCACCACCUGAGUCAUGAAUACGGUGCACCUGUAGUCUGCGUCAACCAGGUUACAGAUGUUGUGGAUGGACCAAAUCAAGGAAGGUGUGACUAUGGGCUGGUGGGCAGUAAGGUGCUUCCUGCAUUGGGCAUUGCCUGGGCCAACCAGGUGAUGGUGAGACUCAUGCUCAGGAGAUUGACGGGUCAAGUCCAAUCGGACAACCGAAGCAGUGCUCCUCGAAAAUUAGAAGUGGUUUUCGCCCCACACCUCCCUCGAGCGAGCUGCUUGUGUGGGGUUUGGGAAGAAGGAGUGAGAGGGAUCCCUGAUGACCACUCAGACCUGCAGCAGGGCUCUUCAUGAUGAAUUAUCUGCAAAAUGAGCAGAUGGAGAGGACAUUCACUACAACAUGGCAGUUAACAACUGCUAAUGGACAAAAAUGUUUAUAAAGGACAUUUGAAUGUUUUUUUUUGUGAGGAAUGGCUACAUUUUUACCAUUUGAAAUUAAUGCUGCACAUUAUUAAUAUACAAUUCUCAGAGGUAUUAUGUCUAAAUAAUUUUGUAAAAUGUAAUCCUGUUUUUAUAACAAUUGUUAUUAUUAUUAUUAAGCCCUUGGUCCACAGAAUAAAUGUUUUACUUAAAUAUAUAUGUUGUCUCAGCUUUCAGACAUAAAUAUAGUUCUAAGCAGCAAUAAGUAAGGUGAAUAAAGCCUAAUUGUCACCUCACAGCUGUCCUUGAAAAGAACAGGUUGUUUUGUUCUCUCAUAUCAGAAAACAAAGCAAAUUCAAUUUGCUCUAUAAUUGUCUGUAGUCCAGUCACUCCUCAAUCGAUCUACCGACCUGCAACACUCAAAUCACGGACAGAGAGCAUUAGUUGAGACUAGGCUAUGAUAUUUUAAACAGAAAGGCAAAUAUAGCACUUUUCCCAGAAAAAUGGGCUGCCCUUUUCUACAAUGUUUUCAUGCCGUGGUGUGGCCAUGUAGUAAACCCUAGCGGUAUGACAAAAAGGGUCAUGUGACAAUGUAAAAUUCUAAUGUUGUACAUGAUCCUUCUUAACAUGAAAUCAGUGUUUUCUAUUUUGGGAAAGUUCAAAUGGUAGAAUGUAUAUACACACUACCAGACAAAAGUUUUUGAACAGUAAGAUUUUUAAUGUUUUUUUAAAGAACUAUCUUCUGCUCAGCACGACUGCAUUUAUUUGAUCCAAAGUACAGGAAAAAAUAG